GGUGCAAAUUGAUCCGGACGCUGUUCUGACGGUAGUAGGGGCGUUCUCCUUCGUCGGCCACCCUAAGCUACCACCUAAUGAGCCGCGAUGUGGUUUCCGAGACGAUAAUCCAAUCUGUAUUGCUGAAAGGUCAGCGCUGCCGAAGGGAACCAUUGAAUCAUCCGUCAGCGUGCCGCUUUUGGUGUUUUUCGGUGCGGCUCUCGGUGUAGCGUACGCCAUAAGACGUUCGUUGCAAGAUGAUUCCGAUCCGUUCUGGUGGCGCAUAAUAUUGGCGGACAUUGAUAUUUCGAACACGUCCACUACCUCGCAUCGCUCGUCAAUGCGAAGUACUAUUCAAGGACAAACAGCUGAACUUCCAGAGGAAGACGAGGACCUCCCUGAAAAAGAUCUCACCCAUAUUCACCAGCAAAAGCAGAUGAUUCGUUCCGCUAAUGUUGCCGGUGUCAGCGUUACGCUAGUGGAACUUCCACCGCCCAAACAUCGCGUACCCAGCGAUACUUUCAAAGCAGCCGGUUUGGCAAAAACUUUAACGCAUCGCAACAUACAAAAGUUCAUUGGCAUCGCCGUUAACGAAGACAACCAGUGUGACUCCAUUGUUGGCGAGGUUUGCCAAAAGGGCACACUGCGAGACCUUAUUAAUGAUGGAGCGAUCAACUUGGACUGGGAAUUUAAAAGCGCCUUAAUGAAAGAUUUAGUCAAUGGCAUGGCUUACCUGCAUUUAUCACGACUUCGCUCGCAUGGCUUUCUCAACGAUCAGGCCUGUCUGAUUGAUAACCGCUUCAUAUUGAAAAUUUGUUCGUACGGGUUUCCUACGCUGCGCAACGACGACGACUUACAAGCGGUUACCGUAGCAGCCCAAGAUCGCAAUUAUAAUCUACUCCUGUGGCGAUCACCGGAGUUAUUACGACGAAACGUGCCGCCAAAUGGCACGCAGCCUGGAGACGUUUACAGUGUUGGCAUCUUGCUGCAGCAAAUUAUUCUCCGCUGUGCGCCAUACCAAAUCGGAGAUGGCGGGCACAUAAAGACAAAGAGAAGAUCAGAUCGCGAACAGACCAGUGAUCGUGAUAUCGUACAAGAUGUUCGACGCGGAUUGGUCCCGCCAAUGCGGCCGGCAGUGCCCCUUUCUGCAUGCAAAACGGAGCUUUAUGAGCUGAUGACGUUGUGCUGGGACGAAGAGCCGCUUCUUCGACCGCCCUUUGUGAGAAUAAAGGCGGUUGUGGCAAAAGUAGUUGGCAGAGCGGGUGAAAAUAUAGUGGAUCAUUUGAUCAAACGAAUGGAGCAAUACGCGGCGGGAUUGGAACACGAAGUGGAAGUAAAAAUGAAGCAGUUCAUGGAAGAACGCCAACGCUCAGCCGCUUUUCUGGCACAGCUUUUACCUAAAUCUGUCGCGGACGCCCUCGGCCGCGGCAUCCACGUGGUCCCCGAAACCUUUGAGCAUACAACAGUAUAUUUUGGUGAUGUACCCGGUUUUACCGAAGCUAUUGAAGAGUGCGAGAGUGCCUUAGAUACAGUGGAAUUGCUGAACAAACUGUAUGGUGUUUGUGAUGCUGUGGUGGCUGCGCACGAUGUAUAUAAAGUGGAAACGGUUAUUGAUGCAUACCUGGUGGCCAGUGGAGUUCCAGUCCGGAAUGGCAAUAAACAUGCUGAGCAAGUGGCCUCUAUGGCUCUGGGCAUCAGAAGAGAGAUCAGUAAUUUGCGUGCAACGAUGGACAAGGCCAAAAACUUUAAACUCCGAGCUGGACUGCACUCAGGAUCUUGUGUGGCGGGUGUAGUUGGACUAAAAAUGCCGAAAUAUUGCUUGUUUGGGGAUACUGUAAACACUGCCAGCCGAAUGGAAUCUCACGGCGAAGCUGGAAAAAUUCACAUUAGCGCCUCCACUAAGCUGAUUUUAGACAGAUUCGAUGACUUUAUCGUAAGCGAACGGGGAACCAUCGACAUAAAGGGCAAAGGUCCCAUGCUGACCUACUGGCUUAUCGGACGCAACUGAUUGUGAAUGCGCAAUUAAUAAAAUUCGCCAUGGAUUCAUACUUGUAGUACCUGCACGCUGUGCUGUACCGACAAAUCUGGAUCUGCUGGAGCGCUCGUGUUAUAUGUACAAGCAUUUUUUGCUACGUCGUGUUACUCCCAAUCAGCAGCAUGGUUGUCGUCAUGUAGGAAUGUUACAGUAGUUAUUCUGACGGUUUGCACCAGCAUUAAUCCUUCACGGUUUGUUAGCACGUUAAUUAGCACUAUCUUGUGAUGUACACCCGCAUUGACAAGCCAUGUCUACUAUACCGAUUCAACAAUU